AAAGAAGCAAAAACCUAGUGCGUUGCUUUUACCCACUCACACUCUUCCUUCGUCUCCAACCUUCGAAUCCGAUCAAUGGAAAACUCAGAUGAAAAAAACGAAAAACUUCCCUUCUCUCCAAACCCUAACAAUGCCGAAGAAGAAGACGAGAUCGACGAAGACGAAGACGAAGAGGAAGACGACGACGACGACGUAUCGCAGGACCCUGGCGAGCAAUCCCCAUUGUCGCGGUUGCGCGAGGAGCGUUCGAAGCUGCAAACCCUGUCGCGGCGCUUGGCGUCGGAGCUGGUUCCUAUCCGAGUCCACGACGUGCUGAUUCGCGGCAACACGAAGACCAAGGAUUGGGUGAUUGAGGCGGAGCUCAAGCCCCUCGAGGACGCCGCCACCGUGCAGGACCUAAUUCGCGCCUCCGAAAUCGCCGUCGCCAGGCUCCGGAGCCUCGGGAUUUUCGAUUCCACCGAGCUCCGGCUCGAGGCCGGACCGCCGGAGCUGCCUCACACCACCAAUGUCGUCGUCGAAGUCGUCGAGACCGCCGACAAAAUCUCCGGCGAUUUCGGCGUUUACACCAAACCCGCGACUAAUUCUUGGACUGCUGAAGGUGCUCUCAAGUACAAAAACUUAUUAGGUUAUGGUGAUCUAUGGGAUGCCUCUUUGGCCUAUGGUGCCAACCAAGCAACAGAGGUGAGUGUUGGGCUGUAUGCCCCUCGACUGAAAGGAUUGUUAACCCCUCUUGUAGCACGACUAUCAAUGCUUUCCCAAGAUUGGCAAGAGUUUUCUUCAUACAAAGAGCAGUUGUUAGGCUUGUCUCUUGGCUUAAUCUCGGCAAGGCACCAUGACUUAGUCUACACUCUUGGAUGGCGUACCUUGACUGAUCCAUCCCGAAUGUCAUCCAGGUCUAUAAGGAGGCAGCUUGGGCAUGGUUUACUAUCAUCUUUGAAGUAUACAUUUAAAAUUGACAGGAGAAACUCACCAAUUAGGCCUACAAAAGGAUAUGCUUUUCUUUCUGCCACUCACUUAGGUGGCCUUACACCAGAUCAUCGGAGCUUGCGAUUUCUGCGUCAGGAAUUUGAUGUGCGCUGUGCCAUCCCCUUUGGGUUUUAUAAUACAGCACUUAACCUUGGGAUUUCUGCUGGUGCUGUUUUUCCAUGGGGGCAUGGUUUCAUGAACAAGCCAUCCCCGCUUCCUGAAAGGUUUUAUUUGGGCGGUGAUUUCUCUCCGGUUUGCGCCCUAGGAGGGCCAAUAACAUUGUGGGGAUUUAAAACUAGGGGAUUAGGUCCUACCGAACCACGAAGACGAAGCAGAGAUGGAAUUAUUGAUGACGAUGAUGAUUCCUCUAGAUGGGACUCCAUUGGAGGAGAUCUUGCUGUUACUGCUUUUGCAGACCUGUCUUUUGAUUUUCCAGUUAGGUGGUUGAGAGAUCAUGGAAUCCAUGGUCAUGUUUUUGCUGGUGCUGGGAAUACUGCUAAAUUAACUCAGAAUGAAUAUAAACGCUUUUCACCUCGGAGGUUCUUAGAAUCCUUUCGAACAUCAGUGGGAUGUGGAUUUGUUGUUCCUACUAGACUUUUUCGCCUAGAGGGUAACUUCUACUACAUACUCAGGAAGGAUGAACACGAUCGUGGGAAAACUGGAUUUAGGUUCAGCUUCUCAGCUCCUUCUUAGAGGCUGAGUUCACAACCGAGAUUCUUUUUUAUUUUAUUCUUGAGCAUUUAACAUUUUCGCUGUCUGUCAAUGGACGGCUAGUACUUUCCCUUUUCUUGUCGUUUGAAAUCCAGACUGAAAAUUGAGAAAGGGCACUGUUUCAGCGUUGAGGAUUUAUAGGGUCAGUUUUUGGAGUAGACAUUACCCCUUGAGGGUCAUCACAUAUAAGCUGAUGCGCAUGGCGAUGAUGUACGGAAUUCCAAAUUAUUCACUCGUGUAUUGCUACUUUAGAAGGCCUCGAUUGGCACCGAGAAUUCUCAUACUUUCUUUGUUCAACUUCAAUAAAUCGCUAACAAUGGUUGAGAUCAUUCUUGUGGAUAUUUAUGCCUAUUGUCUUCCAAAUGGUAAAACAGCAAAUUGGCUUUGUGCUGGUGGACUUGUAUAUUUGAUGAGUGGUUCCUGAA